AUGUCAGAAGCCAAGACAGACAAGGUAAAAAUCAAACCAACAGAAAGUUUUGAAAAUGACAAGCAAAAUAUUUCUUGGCUGAAGAAAGAACUGGACAGCCCCAUUCUACAACCCCUUGAAGACUCUGAUAACCAGCUUACAAAUGAAAAGCAUACGGAUGAAAAGCCUAUGAAAGGCAUUGCUAUGAGUUCUGUCUCAGAAUUCAGCAUUACAGAUGCUUCAUCAAAGGAUAUCGAAAAAGAGAAGAAAUUGUCAGGCUCUAGCACAUCAUCCAUUUCUUCCCUGGGGAAAUGCAGAAAAUUCACCUACAUUGAAGAUGAUGCAUCAGUACAUCAGAGAGACAGUGAUGAUGAAUGUGCAACACUUAUCCUGGCCUGCUUGUUCUGCCAAUUUUGGGACUUUCUUAUAAUGCUGCCUGAUACCUGUGAACAUUGGCUGAUAGAUACCUGUUGUCCAUCCAAUAGAUACUACCAGACCUCCGAUGAGGACCAACCCAACAAUGACUGCAACUGUGACUGUGACAUUGACUGCAGCCUUUUUGAGUCCUGUCAUGAGACUAGUGAGUGCCUGGAACUUGCUUUGGAGAUUUCCGAAAUCUGCUAUCGCUAAUAGAAAAUACUUGACAGAAUUCCCCAAAACUACCUAAAUGGAAGCUAAGAUGGUACAAAAGAGAAAUGGCUUUUUUUUUUUAAGAUCAAAAAAUAAUAUCAUGUUUGCCAAUCAAGACUAUCUUCAUCAUGCUGUUCCUGCCUUGGAGUCUGUAUAUCUGUACCAUUCCAAUUGUGGAAUUUCACAAACUGCUGGAACCAAUACAAAGCAAACAAGGAUCUCCUCCUUURCCAUAGACAAUAAGAGAAUUCUAACUAUCAAGUGUGCUUGAUGCAUACCCACUGUCAAUCUGAUGCUUUUAUAAAUCCCUAAUUGCUUUAAACAUGGAUUUCCCUCAUUCACAAACACAGGAUAAAUUAGGACCAUGUUUUAGGACUGAUAUAUAUUAGUUYRUCUUCCUAAUGGAUUCAUACAUAAACAUGUAUUACACAUUGUUGGUUAUUA